CUUGUUUCCAUAGAAAAAUGACCAACAACAGCACUAUUUCUAACACCCUCCAGUGGGUUUCCCAAAUGGAUGUGGACAUUGAGCCCAAGGACGUUCGCAAGACCUCUAUCAUCUGUACCAUCGGACCCAAGACCAACAGUGUUGAAAAGCUCACUGAGCUGAUGGAGGCUGGUAUGAAUAUCUGCCGUCUUAACUUCUCCCAUGGCUCAUACGAGUACCAUCAGUCCGUUAUUGACAACUGCCGCGCUGCUGCUGCUAAGCGCCCAGAGUUCCCCGUUGGUAUUGCUCUUGAUACUAAGGGACCUGAAAUUAGAACCGGUUUGAUGAAGGAUGGCAUUGAGCUUCCUAUCUCAGCCGGUCAUGAACUCAUCAUCACUACCGAUGACAAGUAUGCCGAAGCUUCUGACGAACAGUACAUGUAUGUCGACUACAAGAACUUGCCCAAGGUCACUGAAGUUGGCAAGCUCAUCUAUGUUGACGACGGUGUUUUGUCAUUCGAGGUCCUCGAGACUGCUGACACCUAUGUCAAGGCUCGUGCCAUCAACAACGGCAAGCUCUGCUCCAAGAAGGGUGUCAAUCUUCCCAAGACUCCCGUUGAUUUGCCUGCUUUGUCGGAGAAGGAUAAGGCUGACUUGCGAUUUGGUGUCCAAAAUGGCGUUGAUAUGAUCUUUGCCUCUUUCAUCCGUACUGCUCAAGAUGUCAAGGAUAUCCGCAAGGUCCUCGGUGAAGAUGGCCAAAACAUCAAGAUUAUCUGCAAGAUCGAAAACCAUCAAGGUUGUCUUAACUUCGACGAGAUUCUCGCCGAAACUGAUGGUAUCAUGAUUGCUCGUGGUGAUAUGGGUAUCGAAAUUCCUUGCGAACGCGUCUUCAUUGCCCAAAAGAUGAUGAUUGCCAAGUGCAACCUUGCUGGAAAGCCUGUUGCUUGUGCCACUCAAAUGCUCGAGUCCAUGACCUACAACCCCCGCCCUACUCGUGCUGAAGUGUCUGAUGUUGCCAAUGCUGUUCUUGACGGUGCUGAUUUGGUCAUGCUUUCAGGUGAAACUGCCAAGGGUAACUACCCCAUUGAGGCUGUUACCACCAUGGCCGCUACAUGCGUUCUUGCUGAGUCUGUUGUAUCAUAUCCCGUCUUGUUCAACGAGAUCCGUGGCCUUGCUGUCCGUCCUACUGAGACCACCGAGACCAUUGGCUCUGCUGCUGUCGCUGCUGCCAUGGAACAAAACGCUGGCGCUAUCAUUGUCCUCUCUACCUCUGGUAGCACUGCCCGAUAUGUCUCCAAAUACCGCCCAUCCAUGCCCAUCAUCCUCGUCACCCGCAAUGAGCAAACUGCCCGUCAAUCACAUCUUCACCGUGGUAUCUUCCCAUUCGUCUACAGAGGCGAUAAGGAUGCCAACUGGCAAAUCGAUGUUGAAGCUCGUAUCCGACACGGUAUUGAGCAGGGUAAGAAGAAUGGUUUGUUGCGCUCCAACGAGCCCAUUGUCAUCGUCCAAGGCUGGAAGGGUGGUCUCGGCAACACCAACACCAUUCGUGUCUUGAUCGCUCCUUAAAUCUGCUUAGAAAGUCCCGUAUUUUGUUAGCUCGUCUAAAGAAUUGUGUAAAUAGUCUGAAUCCCUGGUCCAUUCAAGGGUACGUAGACAGUGUUAGACAUUAUUAAAUAUAUUGCGCUG